CCUACAACCUCAGCGCCACAGAAGAGGAGCUGAUGCUGGAGUUUAUCAUGGACAAUCCUGUGCUGUGGAAUGUGAAGAUGACAGAUUAUAGGCGGAAAGACAAGAAAGAGAAGAUCUGGGAAGAGCAAGCACAUCAGAUGAACAAGACUGUUGACAUCCUCAAGGGCUGGUUCAGAUCGUUGCGCGACACCCAUACGCGCCUUGACAAGAAGAAAAGCGGGGAUAGUGCUCCAAACCUGACUGAGAGAGAACAGUGGAUCCUCUCAAAGUUUGCCUUCCUGAAGACUGUCACUCGCCACCGACCGGAGCCCAUGCAGAGUGUGAAGGAAACCAUCCAGCUUCACAGAGGAGAUCUUAAUGCUGCCGAGAGCGCCUGCGCUGAUAUGCAGGAUGUCUUAGAUGAAGUCACUCCAAUACCAUCAUCUACCGCUGGAAGGUCCCACAAGCGACCUCAGAACACAGAGAGUGACGUCCUUGAGACUCUACAGAAGAGAGUUGCUGAGUCUGGCACCAUCCUCAAAGACAUCUACAAAGCCAAACAACAGCCCAUUACAGCACGAAGUGUCUUUGCAAAUUAUGUUAAAGAGAGCCUUUUGACUAUGUCCAAGUACAAGAAGGCAAGGUCCUCCAUCAAUAGGUUAUUGUCUGAACUUAUGGAUGAGGACAGCGAUGAUGAAUUUCCAAGUGCAAUGGCGGCUCCAUCUAUCAAAGUGAACCAACAAGGGAUCCCUUCUCAACCACCCCAUGAUUUGCACCCCACUACAAGAAUUCCCUUCUGUUCAUUUAGAGCAUCAGCACCAUUCUUCUCUGAGAAUUAUCAGAAACCCGGCAACAUGCCUAUAAACAUGCCUCUGGCACCGUUGGUGAGAGGCUCUCAGUCCAUGGAGUACAUGCAGCAGUUUCACCAGCGGUUAUUUCAGCAUCCACACCAUCACAAGAAUACCAUUAAACAACAGCAGAUGAUUCCUCCUUCCCAACAACUUGCUCAGCAACCGUUGCAGCAAGGCCCGGUUCGUGCCUCUUUGGCUUCUGCAACAGAAUUAAUAACGGAAACGUCUAGCCCAACGCCGCAUAGUCCAAGCUCAGCCUUUGAGCAAAGUCACCCGAACAUUACUAGUCUUUCAGGAUUUCGAGAAAUCAUGGAAUCUACUGAUGAUAUUGGAUUUCAGGAUGAGGUUCUCAACCUUCGACCACCAACGUGA